GAGGCGGUGACCAUAUAAACCUAUUGUUUUCCACUUUUUGUGCAAGUAAUUGAUUUGCAACUUGAAACCAAACGAAAAGCUAAGCGUUACGUUUCGGAUUGCUUGCGUCUGAUUGGUUCCGCUGACGUAAAGUAGGUUAAUUUCCUCUUCCAACCACGUGAUUGCGUUGGAAGUCGUAUGCACUAUGCAGUAAAAUUUUCAUACUUGAUCAUUUUGUUCUUUGAACGCAACGAACGCCUUGUUCUCCUUAACCAACGUUACCGAACAUGGUAGAUUUUUUGACUACGGUCUCUGAGGGAUCGGGAAAGGCACAGACAGACAAACUGCGACAAAAUGGCCACGAAGAAUAUGGAGAAAAGUAUCGUGUGGAUCGUCGAAAAUUGGAGCUUAUGUUACGUGAUACAGGGGACGAGACCGGCUUGACCGCCGAAGUUUAUUUUGGACAGGUCAUGCGCGAAACGUCCACGGUAAUCCACUGGCCUUCGAAGUUGAAAAUCGGAGCAAAGUCCAAAAAAGAUCCCCACAUACGAAUUGCCGGCGAGCCUGAAAAUAUCAAGAAAGCUAAAGAUAUGGUGGCGGUGCGCUUGGAAUCAAAGGCGAAUCGCGUGACGCUAAAAAUGGACGUGUCUCAUACGGACCACUCGCAUAUUAUCGGAAGACGCGGACAAAGUAUCAACAGAGUUAUGGAGGAUACAAACUGCCACAUACAUUUUCCCGACUCAAACAGGGGAACCACAAGUGUCGAGAAAAGCAAUCAGGUCUCCAUAACUGGACAACCUGAAGGAGUAGAGCGGGCAAGGUUCAUCAUCAGGUCGAUGUUACCACUUGUCGUGUAUGUCGAAAUUCCUUACUACGAUAACGUUUUCAUGCAAGUCGAUUCAUCAUCUCCGCCAAUACAGGCCAUUCAGCAGAAGUACGACGUCACUUUUAUCGUUAAUGGGAGAUCUCAGAUUGGUGUGAUUGUAGCUGUUAGAGGAAGCCAAUACGCAGUCGAAGCAAUGAAGGAAGCCAUCAUAUGUUUAGCUAAACAUCUCACUGGUGCUGUCGAUGUAACCCAGAUACUAAAUUAUGCUCAACUGCAUCUUGACGUUGCACCGCAGCAUCACAUGUUUGUCGUCGGACGAUCCGCUCGUAAUAUUCGUGAGAUAAUGGAAGAGACUGGCGCGAAGAUCGAUUUGCCAAGUCCCACUUUGAGCACGCGUACCGGCGUCAUAAUCAUAUCCGGACCGAUUCAUGCUGUCAUACAGGCCAGAGCCUUGCUUGUGGAUUAUCUACCAUUACUUUUGAUGUUCGAUUUAAAAGAAGAGGAGGCCGAACAAUUUGCAGAGCAACCAGAACGUCUCAAGCAGAUUGAAGAUAAGUUUAUGGUAUCCAUAACCAUAAAACCUAAACCGAAGCAGACAAGUAAGUCGCUGACGAUCAAGACCAAGGAAAAGAAUUCGAGGAAUCUUUACCUUACUCGCUUACAAAUCAUGGGUGGCUCUAUUUACUCGCCAUCAAUACAGCCGAAUUUACCGAGUGAUGUAUUUUUGCCGCUUUCAUAUUAUUCGUUGAACCCGACGAGCACCUUCUCUCCGCUGCCAUCUCCCACUCCUAAUUCUGAUAGGUCAGAAUCUCCCUCAUCUUUCUCCCACCGGCAGACGCCUCCGCCCCCGCCUCUAAAUCAAGGUCGUCCCCCUCCGGGUUUUGACAUAUCGCGUCAAAAUCGUUCUGUCAGCUUCAACGAUGGAGACUAUCACAGGAAAACAAAAUCGUCCGAAAUGGGUUUGGGAACAAGUGUGCGGAAUGCUGUGUCUGAAAAAGGGUCGCCAAAUAACUCGCUGAAUUUGAGCUCGCCGCGUCGUAAUUCAGAACCUCAGACUUACUCCGAUGACAUAUGGAAACCAGCUUCUUCUGAUGUCAUACAACCCAAAGCUCUCGGCCCGCCUAGUUCCAGUUCUUCCACGGUCCCUUCUGGUUCGUCACGGUUUGCUUUUCUGGAGGGGGUGAUAAAUGCCAGGUCCAGUCAACUUCUUGAUUCUCAUGGCUCUAAUCAAAGCAGUUCUUUUAGCUCGUUUGCGUCAGCAUCUUUUAAUCUGGAUCGAUGUUUGGAAACGGAACCGCAGAAAAAGUUUCAAGAUUACGAGAGAAAAAUGAUUUUGUCAACAGAGAUUCGCUCCAGAGAAAUGGUCCAUCCGGAAGUUCGAAUACCUACGGACGAAUGGAGUGGUUUGCAUCUCUCAAAGUCUGCCGAUUUUGAAGCACUCAGGAAGUCCGAGCUAUCAAAGAAGAGUAAGGAAGGAUCGAAAGAUGUACCGAUAUCUUUAAACGAGCCAAAGGCCAAACCGAGGUUGCUGAAUGGUCGAAUGGACAGAGAUCCUAGUGCAUCCAUGCAGGUUCUUAGUGGAAGAUUGUCCAUGGAAAACGACCGCGACAGUCAAAACACCAAUCAAAGCAAUGAUAACGCUUCAACCACGAUGUCUGGUUUGGAUAAUGUGUUGAAACUUUAUGGCAUUGACGAUUUGUCUGAUCAGUUCAAGAAAUUGGAGAUAACAAGUUUGGACGUUUUUUUGACACUAAAUAAAGAAGACUUGAAGGAGGCGGGAUUCGAACCUCUCGGCGUCAGAAAGAAAAUCGAAAAUGCGAUUGAAGAUAUGAAGAGCGCCAAAAAAGUUGUUGUACGAAACGCUAUUAUGGCGAGAGCGAUCAACUACCAAACGUUCCAGCCACUACAACUCAAUUCUCAAAGUGGACGUUUUUAACACGUGUUUCAAGUCCUCCCUUUUUGGACGAAGUCUGUCGUCAUCGGCCGCCCGGCAGCAUUUGCGUUCGAAAACAAUGUAGCUGAAGAAGCUGUGAGUAAAGCCGCUGUCAAUUUGUGUGUUAGUGUCGUGGGCUCGUUAUUUAUUUGCGUGGGUUAUGAACCUUUGAAAGUCUGAGUGUCCAAGCAAACGCCUUGUGAUCAUCAACUCUUUUGAACACUUCGCUGUUUUGGUUUGAAUUGUUUUUGUUUGUGUGGGUUCUUGCCAAAGGAAAUAGUCGUAUUCUCCAUGUGUUUCAGUUAGUUUGUUAAAAAGAUACGAAUCAAUGGCAACUCUUAAUAUUUUCAUGUUCGUCGCUUGAUUUGUAAGCGAAAGGAAGUAUAUAUAUAUAUACAUAUGCGAGGGACCACAGUGAAAACGUUUCGGGUUGUCCAUUGUUUGGUAUCACUUCAUAUAAAUUGCAGUUAUCAUAUAUCAUGGCAAGUGUUUAACGGUAGUUUAAAAUGUUUAUAAAAAUAGCUAUAGUCCUAGCGUUUUAGGAUGAUAGAACUGUUAAGGAAUGUCGAUCAUUGUGCGCUGUCCAAAUCGGUGUUCUUGCAAAGACUUCUAGUAUUUUAGACCUUGCAAAGACUUCUGGUAUUUUAGACCACCAAGUCAGUGUCUGGAGAAGCUAAGAUUAAAUUUUUACUAUACUUCUUA